CUGGUUAUUCCAGUUUCAUCGACUUUUCGGUCCAUUUUCUCCUUCUCAAUAUCGACUGUUUUUUUUUUUUUGCGAUGCCCGAUUGGAACUCCUCAACAGAAAUUCAACGCGACGAAAUUCAACGCGACCACGUAGCAUUCGUCUACUUGAUUCAUUCACUCUUGGGUGUCUAUGCAUGGGAAUGCUUACUCUCUCUGGAUUUUGACUUUGCGUUCCUCACAGGGCGAAAACCUUUCCGGUGGCCCAUGAUCUUCUACUUCGCCAACCGUUACCUCCUUCUUUGCGUGUUGAUUGGAGCUCUCGUCGCUUCCGAUUCGAGAAGCAAGAUCAACUGUCAACCGUUAUUCGUAUUCAUUAAGUUAGCGGGAACCGCCUCAACUACUGCAGGCGUCAAUCUCUGUCUUCGCACGAUCGCUAUUUACGGGCAUUCCAAACCGAUAACUAUUUUUCUAGUGAUCUUGAUUCUAGGACACUGGACUUUGACCUUGAUGAACGUCCAGAUCAAAGCAGUAUGGAAUGACAAACAUGAUUUGUGUGUCGUCACAGCCGUCAAAACCGACGGUCUUGUUGCAUCAUACAUUUAUUCCACCUGUUUCAACCUUAUCGUAUUUCUCUUAAAUGCUUACAAACUAUACGGCCAUGGCGGGAAGCAGAUUCGGAUCGUCAAGAGUCAACUAGAGAAGCUAAUAUUUUCUGACGGCCUUGCAUAUUUCUUCGUCGCAUUCCUGGCAAACCUCACUGCUACAUUCUUUUUGCUUCUUUCACCGAAUCCCCAUAUGGGAAAUAUUUUCGAUAUACCGGCUGUGGUCAUAAGCACGAUCUGUGCGACAAGGGCUAUCAGGCGACUGAGUAAUUUCAAAUUCGACGGGGAUCAAGCUUGGUACGGGUCCGACUCAAGUUCUGAGUCUUCUGAUCUUCAAUUCAGGAGCACUCAAGGGGAGCCUAGCGUGUCGGACAGCUCGGGUAGUAUUACUGUAAUGAGCCCAGACCCGGGAGGUGUUCAUGUUCAGGUGGAGAUUUUUACUCGUGCAGAAGAUGGACAUUUGCAGAGGCGAGAGAAGGAGAGAGAAGUAGAAUCUGGUGUCAAGCCGAAAGCAAGUCCUAUUUGAUUCGCCCUGGAAGUAUUGCAAUAGUUGUCGUGUAGGAGUUAGAAAGUACUGAUUAAAGACUUCCGU